CAGGUAGAAUCUAACCCAAGAAGUAGACUUUACAGCCGCCGGUGACGUAGGGUGACCCUUCAAGUUGUCAGCCGUGUGAUCAUCGAUAUCCAUGAGAUAGAAAAUAUGGUAUCGCAAGCUCGACAUAAUGUCGUACAAUUUUCAUUAGGACAUCACAAAGUCACAACCCUGACGCGUCGACGAGUUAACAAGAUUCCGAUCAGCUUGCCCUAUAAGUAUCGUACGUGGGUAAUCUAGUAGCCCAUCCUUCACUUCUUGAAUUCACCAUUUGAUUUGCAGAGUUUCAUGUCGGGAUUAGAAGAAUCUCUCUAUGCUCUUGAGUGGAAUAACAACAUAUCAGUUGCAAUCAUCACCCUGAUAUCCUAUGAGUACAUGCUUCAGUUUGAGAAAGAGGAAAGACAGUGGUCAGCGAUGUCAUACCUAUACCUUGCAGUUCGAUAUUUUGGGGGAGGCCUAUUUUAUAUGCCUGAAGCAGUGAGUUAUGGUAUGUUUCUGCUCAUGCAAUGGGGUUUUUCUAUAUAUUUUUGCUUGGCGGAAGUCAUUCUCAUCUGGCGUCUUUACGCCCUAUACAACCAAUCCAAGUGCAUACUUUAUGUUUUACUGGGGUUGUUCCUACCCAUCGUCGCGCUCUAUAUAGCGGUGGAUAUAUUCUUAUGGAGUCGACCCUCAGCGAUCUCAAUGCAAGAAAUAAUAAUAACUCCAAACAUCAAGUACUGCACGUCUUUCUUCCACAUCGGGCCUAUGCCUGCGGUAUAUGCUUCCAUCCCCGUCAUAUGCUAUGACAUUUUCCUGGUUGUUCUCGCCAUUGCCGUCCUUAGAAAGCACCUGAAAGAGCGGAGGGAACUUAAAAUAAGGUCAAAUGGCUAUUUAGUCAUGAUCGUCCGACAUCAUGUCAUAUACUUUGUCCUUAAUUUGGCAACUCAAAUCUUCAUGGCGAUAAUGUGGGCCGACCUUCCGAUGGUGGUGAUGUCUCUCGUACAGUUGUUCAACGGUACUGCGCCAUUUAUUAUCGUGCCACGUCUUAUCAUCAGCAUUUGGGAUAUGCAUGCCGACAAUAACUGUGUGCAUGUCGGUACGACAUUCGAGGAUUGCGCCUGUUGGACUUUGCCACCGAUGUUGGAACAGUACGAGAUGGACUCCCGCGUAUGAUGCUCCAACUUGAGAAAGGAGGUGAAGUGAAGUCCUUUGCUCAGGCUCUCGUCCUAGAAAAAUUCUCUGAUACUUCAUGGGAGCAAGUAGUCCGGGGCCCAAUUUUUCUGUGUAACUAUGUACUAUGACGUCCACAGAGUAUCGGCAUAUAUCGAGCUUAUAU